AUGGAGAGUUUUUCAAUUGAGCAACAUGAACAAGGGUCUAAUCAAGUAGAGGCUCAUAGUAGUGAAAUUGAGGGUAAUACUGAGGUAACAUCUCAAAGUAGAAAUAUUCAGAGAAAAGAGGCUUCUUCACAAUUGGAGGGUGUUGUUUCUCUAAAGAACGGCCACUGGGGAGCACAAAUAUGGUUGGGCACUUUUAACACUAGGGAAGAAGCUGCCAAGGCUUAUGAUAUAGUUUACAUGGCGUUAAAAGGACGAGAUGAUCAGAUAAGUUUCUCAGUUUCAGAAGCCAAGAAACUGCUUCACGAUUAUCCAUGUAUGCAUUAUAAAUCCCAUCUGAAAAUCAGCAAUCAUUUCCAUCGAUCUGGGCAACUUGGAAAAAGAAAAGCUAUUGAAGAUGAAAGUGAAAAUAAUGCAGAUGAUAUUGUAAAGUUAUUUGGGAUUGAAAUUGGAAAAAGAAAAGCUAUGGAAGAUGAAAUUCAAAAUAAGUCAGAUGAUGUUGUAAAGCUUUUUGGGGUUGAAAUCGGUACUAAUCCAAAAGCCAAAAGAAGAGUGGAGAUUCAGAUUGAUCCAAAAGGAAAUAGAAUAGCAAGAUGGAGAAGCUGA